AUGCACCGAGGCGCGCCAGGAGGCCUCAGAGGCCUCAAGGGGGCCGAGGGCUCCUCCGAGGACUUGGGGGGCUCUUGCCUGGAGGCCGGGAGGAGCUUUGGGGUGCUGAGGGAGAACGGCGAGGCCGAGGAGGCGGCGGGCGGCAGGAAGCGCGCCCGGCCGGUGCGCUCCAAGGCGCGGCGCAUGGCGGCCAACGUGCGGGAGCGCAAGCGCAUCCUGGACUACAACGAGGCCUUCAACGCGCUCCGCCGGGCGCUGCGGCACGACCUGGGCGGCAAGAGGCUCUCCAAGAUCGCCACGCUGCGCAGGGCCAUCCACCGCAUCGCGGCGCUCUCCCUGGUCCUGCGCGCCAGCCCCGCGCCCCGCUGGCCCUGCGGGCACCUGGAGUGCCACGGCCAGCCGCCUGGUCACAGCCCUUGGUGGAAGCAGCGCUUCUGA